UUACUUGUAUAGGCUGUAUUAAUAGACAUAAAAUAGCUCCCAUCCCAAAAAGGUCUUCAUCCAUUAUUGUCAAGACACAUCUCCUUCGUGUCACUUGUAUUAAUAGAUUUGAGUUGAUUCAUUAUCGGAAAUCAAUGUAUCACCAUCAAAACGUUUAGAGGUUGGAUUUAUAACACUCAAGGUAUCAAUAUAUUACAAAAUGUCGUUAGUACCCACACUUGUGGACUGUGAGAAAAUUCAGGAGAUCCAACGGGCAGAAGGUCUUGCCAACAUUCUUGCCAUUGGCACUGCAACUCCUUCCAAUUUUUUUUAUCAGUCUGAUUACCCCGACUACUAUUUUCGUCUUACCAAUAGCGAGCAUAUGGUUAAUCUUAAACAGAAAUUUAUACGGAUUUGUGACAAAACGCUGAUAAAGAAACGACACUUCUUCUUCACUGAAGAGAUUCUCAAAGAGAAUCCAAACAUUUGCGAGUACAUGGCUCCAUCUUUGAAUGCUCGCCAUGAUUUGGUUGUUACCGAACUCCCAAAGCUUGGUAUGGAAGCUGCCACUAUAGCCAUUGAAGAAUGGGGACUCCCAAAAUCUAAGAUAACCCAUCUCAUCUUUUGCACUACAUCCUGCGUUGACAUGCCAGGUGCUGACUAUUAUCUCACCAAGCUUCUUGAGCUCUCUCCUUCGGUCAAACGAUUCAUGAUGUAUCACCAGGCAUGCUGCGGUGGGGGAAUGGCCAUUCCUCUUGCGAAAGAUCUUUGUGAAAAUAACAAGGGUUCACGUGUCCUUGUUGUAUGCGCAGAGAUAACAGCUAUCCUCUUUCAUGGACCAAAUGAGAAUGACCUUGAUUCCCUCGUUGGUCAAGCUCUCUUUAGUAAUGGAGCUUCUGCGAUCAUUAUGGGAUCAGAUCCAGACUUAUCAAUGGAACACUCUAUAUUUGAGAUUGUUACCACAUCUCAGACAAUCUUACCAAAUACUGAAAAGCUGUUGACCAUACACUUGAGGGAGGCUGGACUGACUUUUAAAUUGCACAAGGAUAUACCGAAGGUAAUCUCGGAGAAUAUAGAGGAUGUGUUACUACAUGCGUUUUCUCCAUUAGGUAUAAGUGAUUGGAACUCACUCUUCUGGAUAGUCCAUCCAGGUGGUCGUGCUAUACUGGACCUGGUAGAGCAAAAGCUUAAACUUACGGAGGAGAAGUUCAGGGCUAGCAGACAUGUGCUAAGUGAAUAUGGGAACUUAGCAAGUGCUAGUGUGUUAUUUGUCAUUGAAGAGAUGAGGAAGAAAUCCAUUAAAGAAGGGAAAAGCACCAAUGGUGAAGGUUUGGAUUGGGGUGUUUUGCUCGGAUUUGGCCCGGGUUUGACUGUUGAGACUAUAGUACUUCUUCGUAGCCUUCCUGUUAGUACACCGCUAUCUCUCGCAAGUUGAUUUUUGUUGUUGAACUUUUAGUUAUGUUAAUGUGAGAUGGUGGUUAAUUAAUAAAUGACAUUAAUUAAUUAGUUUGAGGAAUCA